AUGAACAGUUUUAUAUUAAUAUCAUUCGUAGCAGUCCUUUUCCCAGCUGCUUUAGGUCAGCUAGAUGUAUGUACGUCUGAUUCUGAGUGUUUGCUGACUGGUUAUCACUGCUGUAAAGACACGCCCUUUUGUUGUGAGGAUGGGUACAUGUGUACUGGAUCAGGCACGUGCAUCAGUUAUGGUGUCAUCAUUGGACCUUGUGUUGGAUUCGUCGUAUUAGCAAUCGGUAUCGCGUUCUUCAUAUACAGAAGGAAGUGCCGCAACAGGAAUGUAUAG